UGACCGUUGCCUACGCGCGGCGGGGCUGGGUGCAGAUGGCGGACGCCGAGGCAGAGGAGGCGGCGCGGCCCGAGAUGCCGCGGCUGGUGGCCGCGCUGCGCGCCCGCCUCUGGCAGCUGCAGGCCGAGCUGCGCGAGCAGGAAAAUUUUGUUUUCUUUCAGACAUUAUUACAGUAUGCUGGCACCCGGGGUGCAUCAGAACAUAUUUUGCCUUUUUUGGAAGUGUAUCGAAUCUCCAUCCAAAGUUUUGCAAAUGCACGACCUUACUUGACUACAGAAUGUGAAGAUGUUCUUCUGGUUCUUGGCCGGCUAGUACUGAGCUGUUUUGAACUACUGCUUUCAAUUCCUGAAAGUGAAUUGCCACGUGAAGUAUGGUUAGGAUUCCAUCAGUCUAUGCGGGAAUCACAUGAUGCUUUACUGGAAUUUGGGAAUAAUAACCUCCAAAUAUUGGUUGACAUCACUAAGGAAGGAGUAUGGAAAAAUCCAGUUCUUCUUAAGAUUCUGUCUCAGCAGCCAGUAGACACAGAGGAAGCUAAUAAAUUGAUUACACGAGAAGGACCUUCCUUUCUGCAGAUGCGAAUAAAACAUUUGAUGAAGUCAAACUGCAUCCCACAAGCUACAGCCUUAUCAAAAUUGUGUGCAGAUUCUCCAGAAAUUCCAAAUGCCUCAUCUUUUCGUCAGGCUUACAUCACUUGUGUGUGCUCUAUGCUGCCUAAUGAAGACUCCAUUAAGGAGAUUGCAAAGGUGGAUUGCAAGGAAGUACUAGACAUCAUAUGUAAUUUGGAAUCUGAGGGACAAGAUAACACGGCAUUUAUUCUUUGUACAACAUACCUAACUCAUCAACUUCAAACUGCAAAUGUUUAUUGUUCCUGGGAGCUGACUCUGUUCUGGAGUAAGUUGCAAAAAAGAAUUGACCCUUCUUUAGAUUCCUUUUUGGAGAGAUGUCGGCAGUUUGGCAUCAUAGCCAAGACACUACAACACUUAUUUUUCCUGAUAAGAGUCAUUCAGUCUGAAGCAGAAGAAGCAGGUCUUGCUGUGUCAAUUUUAUUGUGUGUGAGAGCUCUUCAGAUCAGAUCAAAUGGAAAUGAUGAAAUGAAAACAUCUGUAUGUAAAACAAUUGCAUGCCUUUUACCAGAUGACCUUGAAGUUAGAAGAGCAUGCCAGCUCACUGAAUUCUUACUGGAGCCAACUUUCAGUGGUUUUAGUGUUCUGGAAGAGCUGUACUUGCAACCAGAUCAAAAAUUUGAUGAAGAAAAUGCACCCGUUCCAAAUUCUCUCCGUUGUGAGCUUCUGCUGGCUUUAAAAGCUUAUUGGCCAUUUGAUCCUGAAUUCUGGGACUGGAAGACUUUAAAACGACACUGUCUUAAACUGUUAGGAAGAGAAGCUUCUGAUUCUGAAGAUGAUGCAAGUUGCCUUGAUCUGUCACUCAAUGAAACUGACCUAUUUGAAACUUUUUUAAGUGACUGUGAUGAGACUAGAGAACAUAAAUAUUAUGAAGGAAGAGAUGCAACUGGUCUCUCUAAAGACAAAGCAAGAGUGAAAAAGCCAAUUGGCUCUUCAGAAAGGUACCAGAGAUGGCUUCAAUACAAAUUCUUCUGUGUGCUAUGCAAAAGGGAAUGUAUAGAGGCUAGAAUACUACAUCAUUCUAAGAUGCACAUGGAAGAUGGCAUUUAUACAUGUCCAGUGUGUACAAAGAAGUUCAAGAGAAAGGACAUUUUUGUACCACAUGUAAUGGAACAUGUUAAAAUGCCACCCAGUAGAACACACAGACCUAAAAAGAAAAUUUUGUUGAAAAAAGAUAAAUCAUUACAAAAAACAAGUACCCCCAGGAGCCCUUGUGCAGUACCAGAGGAAAGCCAGCAGCAACAGCCCCAGCUAUUGGAAAAGUCCAGAAGUGACACACAGGAAUAUGUCACAUUUAGCCAAUUAGAAAAUUGCCACCUGCAAGACAGAGACAUAUAUCCAUGUCCUGGCACAGACUGUUCAAGAGUAUUUAAGCAAUUUAAAUACCUUAGUGUACAUCUGAAAGCUGAACAUCAAAACAAUGAUGAAAAUGCAAAACACUACUUAGAUAUGAAAAACAGGAGAGAGAAGUGUGCUUUUUGUCGACGACACUUCAUGACUUCCUUUCAUCUGCGGGAGCAUGAGCAAGUGCACUGUGGUCCUCAGCCUUAUAUGUGUGUUUCUAUGGAUUGCUAUGCUAGAUUUGGGUCAGUUAAUGAAUUACUUAAUCACAAACAAACGCAUGACGAUCUACGUUACAAAUGUGAGUUGAAUGGCUGUAACAUUGUUUUCAGUGAUUUGGGGCAGCUUUACCACCAUGAAGCGCAGCACUUUAGGGAUGCGUCAUACACGUGUAAUUUUCUUGGUUGCAAAAAGUUCUAUUAUUCAAAAACAGAAUUUCAGAAUCACCUUGCAAUGCAUGAUGUUACAGUAGCGAAUGGGGAAGUAAAGGACACAGUUAAACUUGAACAUAUUUCAGGAGACAAAUGUAGUUAUCUUCCUGAGACCCAACUGCUCGAACAAUCAGAUAAUUCCAGUCUGCAUGAAAAUAGUACAUUGUCCGUGGAGCCUGCAGGUUCUCAAGAUAUCCCAGAGAUUAAGGAGGAAAGUCUGUCUGACAAUGAAGAUAUAGAUAGUGAAAGCAACUGCAGCGUGCAUUUUGAGAGCUUCAGCACAUCUCCUGUACAGAACAAAAAGGAAGGGUCUCCUUUGUUGAUUGAUGCAGUGGACCACCAUCAGAGAGUUCCAAGUUUUCUAAUAUCCCAGGGAAGUGUUCUCUCAAAACUGAUGGAUGGAAAGCAGUUUUCCAAUGUAGCAGUUUGCUUUGAUGGAAAAAAAUUUUCUUGUGGCUUUGAAGGCUGUGGUUCAACAUACAAAAAUGCCAAAGGUAUGCAAAAACAUCUUCGAAGGGCUCAUCCAUACCACUUCAAAUCUAAAAAAAAGAUGGGGAUCAAAAAUAGAGACAUUCUCAGUCUAGUCACGGAUGCUGAAAACAGCAAAACAGCUGGUGACAUCAGUGUGGAGCUAGGGCAUAACUCAGACUCAAGUGUUGACUCUCCAGAAAAUGUAUAUUGUAAUAUAGACUCUAAAGAAAAGAUCAGCUUCAAGGAAAUGAUUUGUUCUUCCCCAGAAUCUUCCUUUUACGAACGUCCUAAAAUGGCAAGUACUGAUGAUAACAUGUUAGAACUUCUGUUGGGCUUGAAACAUUUAAGCCUAAAAAAUUCCAAUGUUCACGUUGCAAAUUCUUCUUUAGCGCACAAGCAUUUUUCAGGGUCAUUUAAUUCAUUUUCAUCAAGUGAAGCCAAAUGCCCUAAAUCAGGAGAUGAAUCUACCUCAGAAUUUCCAGAGCAACAAGACAACUUACCUAGCCAGUAUCUUACACAGCUGGCAGCUAAACCAUUUUUCUGUGAACAUCAAGGUUGUACAUGUGAGUUUGUGACCAGAGAAGCUCUCUUAAUGCAUUAUGUUAGAAAACAUAAUUAUUCAAAGGAAAUGGUUCUUCAGCUAAAUAUGUUUCAACAUCGCUAUUCACCAUUUAAAUGUCACAUUUGCCAAAGAUCAUUUACAAGAAAAACACACCUUAGAAUUCAUUAUAGAAACAAGCAUCAAAUUGGCAAUGAGAAGGUAAAUCACAAAAUAUUUGCCAGUGAAAAAUGUGAGCAUGUAAACACAUGUGCAGAGGGUGACUCGGUACCCACACCUACUUUCUGUGAUGAUAAAAAUGAACUUACUAAGCAACCUGAGCAAACUGAGCUGUGCCGUCCUAAGAAGGAAGAGUGUAGUUCUGAAACCGAUGUGGAGUCCAGUGAAGAAAUAGAUAGUAAUGUAACUAGAAAACCCUCUAACAUGACUUCUCUGGACAGCCACAGGGAAGAACUGGAAGCAAGAGAAGGAAGAGGAAGUAAAAGAACAGUUGCCAAAGGAAACUUAUGUUAUAUAUUGCAUAAGUACCACAAACCGUUUCAUUGUAUUCAUAAAAGUUGCAAUUCUGCCUUUACCAAUCAGAAAGGCUUGAUUCGUCAUUAUAGAACUGUACACCAGUAUAAUAAAGAGCAGCUCUGUUUAGAAAAAGACAAAGCAAGAACAAAAAGGGAACUUGUCAAAUGUAAAAAAAUAUUUGCAUGCAAACACAAAGAGUGUAAUAAACGUUUCAUUUGUUCUAAGGCUCUUGCUAAACAUUGUAGUGACUUUCAUAAUGAAAAUUUGGAGGAUCAAAAAGUGCUUUCUGAAAUGGAAUCUGCAAGGUUUCCUUGUAACCAUCAUCAAUGCCCUGCUGUAUUUUACACUUUUAACAAGUUAAAACAUCACCUGAUGGAAGAACAUGCCAAUGAAGAAAAAAUAAACAAAGAUUUUGAAAUCCAAUGCGACUUCAAUGGCUGUGACCGAAUUUUCACCAAUUACAGUCGUUACUCUCAGCAUGUAUAUUUCAGACAUCGGGAAUACUACAAUAGACUCUUUGGAAAUCGGAAAGAGGAGCAAGAUAACCUGCUGAAAGAUGAUGAUAACAAUGAACAAGAUUAUUUGACAGAUCACUACGAGGAGAAUAAGAAUGAGAGGCAGGUAAAAGACAAAUCCAAAAAAGCUCUCAAAAAUAAGGAAAAGCAUCCCAUUAUUUUUAAAACAAGGGAGGAAGCCCUGCAAAUGUGUAAAGAGAAAGCUGACCAGAACCAGUAUCCCUGCAUAGUCAAAGGGUGUCUGUCUGUAGUUAAAUUGGAAAGUAGUAUUGUGAGACAUUAUAAGCGUACACAUCAGCUGACCAGUAAUUAUAUAGAACAACAGUUUGAGAAACUUGUAGUUUGUGUUAAAUGUGGUACAAUGAUUAAAAAUGAAUCCCAUUCAGAAACAGAGGUGUGUUUAAGCCAAGAAGAAAUGAGAGACUUUAAACAGGAAAAUCCAGCAGAUACCGAAAUUAAUUGGAAGGAAGACGAAGAAGGCGUAAAACCUCUUGUUCCAGAUACUGAUUAUGAUCAUCCAGAUACAGACAAAGAAAAUCAGAACAGCUGCUCAGCAACUAGUGAGGGUUUUGACACAGAGGCCUUUUUGUAUUCAGACACUCUAAAAUAUGACCACAGUUCAAAACCCAGUUUUGAAGAAGAUAGCAUAACUGAGCCACCUUUGUGUAAAACAGAAGGGUUGCCUGAAAACAAUGGAAGAGAAAAUGGUGAAUAUUUUACCAAUUUGCAGUUGGAGUUACCAAGGGAGAAGGUCACAGAAGACUGGCACCACUGUUCGAUUCAUCAGAAUUCUAAAAGAAAUUCCUUCUGUACAAGAGACAAGUUUCAGAAGCAUUCAUUGCCCAAACCCUUUGAUUUAAAAUCCUUUAAACCAAUGGGAUUUGAAUCUUCAUUUCUAAAAUUUAUUCAAGAAAGCCAGGAAAGAGAAGAUGACGACGAUGAUUUCGAUGAACUUGUUGAAUGGGAGUCUCCUGAGUCAUUUCAGAUGGAUGGUGACUUAGAGAGUGAGAGAGACUGUCAAAGAGAUGAGGCAGUUAACAGUUUGGGGAGUGAGAGAGAUCCGGAAGUGAGCAUACCCCCAAAUAAUCACUCAGAGCUUACGGAAGUCCAGCCUUUAAUAUCGGAGUCGCCAUCUGCCCCUUCUCUAGACAACUUGCGGGCCAUAUUGGACAAGGCAUUAACAGACUGUGGAGACCUUGCCUUAAAACAGCUUCAUUACUUGCGACCAGUAGUUGUCCUUGAAAGAUCCAAAUUUUCCACUCCCCUUAUAGACUUGUUUCCAACAAAAAAGACAGAUGAGCUUUGUGUGGGAAGUACAUAAGAAGUUUUGUUUAAGAACAUACUGCCUCCACUACUGCUACAUAGAGAGAAUUGCAACCUAGAACAGAAACUGGUACAGUACACAAACUGUUUAGGUUAGUUAGGCUGUUUAAUUCCAUGAAUGUAUAAUAUCUGUCAAAAGUAUUGGCCAAGUUCAUUUAGCUCCCUGGUUUUAUUUUUUUUUUUAAAUGAACUGUACUGUUCUUGGUGCUAAUUAACACAUCCGAAUACUGGGGGCUUCCUCUUGCAGAGUAAACAUGCAUGAUUGUAUAUGGAACAAGUACUAGGGUACCAGGGUUUGGGGGAGAUGAGUUCUUACUUGACUUGAAUGUGCACCUAAUGGUGCUUUGUGUAACAUAUUGUACACUACAGCAUCUUAUAUUUUUUGAGUUACAAGUUUCAAUAAAUUACAAUUUUUCACCCAU